AUGGCAAAUACAGCACAGUGCUACUACUGCUUCGAGGUUCUCUCCGCCUCCUUCGAGGGCCGCAAACCCGGCAGCCUGCUCGCUAUAGAAGCCCUCUGGGAACAGCAUGAGCAGGCUAAGAAACUCGCUGUUCUAAAGGCCGAAGAGCAGCAGCAGCAGACGCCCGUAAUUGAAGAGGAUGACGAGGAUGACGGGGAUGAUGCUGAUGACGGUGGCCCGGAGAGUCGGCCCAGGGUGCUCAAACUCCCCAUUGUGAGUAGUCUGCGCAGCCAGAUCCCAUCCGACUCAUCGUCCAGCGCUGCGACCACCCCGUCUAUCACCUCCAACACCUCAUCCGACAACUCCCUGCUAUCAAACUCUACGAGCGUGACAACUCCUCUCUCCGUGGAGCGCCGAUAUCCGCUAUUCGUAACGUGGAACACGCUCUCCACCCGGUAUCCAGGACACAAGUCGCUGCGCGGCUGCAUCGGGACAUUCGAAGCGCAGGAGCUAGCAGCGGGGCUGAGAUCUUACUCCCUAACCUCUGCAUUCGAUGACACCCGCUUCUCACCAAUCACGCAAUCCAUCCUCCCCUCGCUAUCAUGCCACCUCACCCUUCUAGGCUCAUUCGAGCCCUGCGCGCACGCAAUGGACUGGACGCUCGGCACGCACGGGCUGCGCAUCUCCUUCAUCCACCGCGGCCGGCGCUACGGCGCGACUUAUCUUCCCGAUGUGCCCGUUGAGCAAGGGUGGACGAAGGAAGAGACAGUCGAGAGUCUGAUGCGUAAAGCGGGCUGGGACGGCCCCAGCGCCGGCGGUGGCGGCGGUGGUAGUGUUGCGAGGCGACUGCUUCGUGGGACCACCGGGGCCGGCUCUACCAGUAGUGCUGCGAACAAGCCCUGGGAUCAGGUCUCGGAGUUUCGGACGGUGAGGUAUCAAGGCAUGGGGGCUACUGCUGAUUAUGCGGAGUGGCAGGAGUGGAGAACGUGGGUGUCUUCCCUUGAGGGUGGGUUGGAGAGGUUGGAGAUGGCUAGAUGA